GCAGCUUCUCAUUCUCGCAGGUGUACACACACAGGGCGCAUUUUUUUGUGUGUGUGUGUGCGCGCGGAAAGAUUCGCCUGGGAUUCUGUAAACUACCCGGCCAUUAUCAUCCUCCUCCGCCUCCUCCUUUUCACCACUCCCCCCCUCCCCUGAUCCCUCCCGCUGCACGGAGCACGCCGGCUGGGUGAUUUUUGUGCAAAACUCGCUGCGCGCACGGCCACGCGCGAUAGCAACCAAGAGAGAGUGAGCGAGAGAGAGUGCUGAGGACGGAAAAAAACACGGUGCCACCAAAACCUUGGGUGGAGAUUCCAUCAUGGUUGCGCAAAGGAGAAGUUAGACUGACCCUGGCUGCUGCAUGUUUCAUUUUUUUUCCCGGAUCGCUUCUUUUCUCUUUUUUUCCUCCGCUGCAAUCCGUUACAAACGCGUGGGAUCUAUCGGCAGAUAAAAUCCGACCGCGUGCGUGGGGAGGAAGCGUGAUGCGCAUUGGUCCUUGAACGCACCUCGGACGCAAAGCCACCUCGAAAGGACUCUGGGGAGCUUUUUAUUUUUUUGUGUGUCGCUAAUCUUCCAGAGGUUGGAUUUGAAUGUUUUUUUUUUCCUCAGACAUUAAUCUCACAUCUCUUUUUGGAUCGUUUCAUCAGCUUCCAUUACUCUACCGCCACGCGUCAAUUUGGAAUACAUUAACUCCCGUUUACCGGACUCAAAUCGAACCCCCCCUCGAAGUGGAGGCAGCGCGGGAGGGAAUCAUGUGCACCCCUUCAUUAGUGUCACUUUUGGUGGUUGUUUCCGGUUAAAUCCAGCCAUCCACCGCGACCAGUGCCCCCUAGUGGCGAGUGGGCAUUCAGCUGAUCAGGAUACUGAUGUGACUCUCGCAAUGGAAACCAGGGCUUGACUUGUGGAGCAGGAACGCAAUUGAAAAUGGAGCGGCUGAUCCUGUGCGUGCUCCUGUGCGGUGCUCUGGCGAAGGGCUACAGUUGUCCCAGCCGCUGCAUCUGCCAGCACCUGUCGCCCACCCUGACGCUCCUCUGCGCUAAGACGGGACUCCUCUUCGUGCCGCCCACCAUCGACCGCAAGACAGUGGAGCUGCGACUCACCGACAACUUCAUCACCGUCAUCCGCAGGAAGGACUUCUUCAACAUGACCAGCUUGGUGCACCUCACUUUGUCGCGCAACACCAUCAGCCAGAUUACUCCGCAGGCCUUUGUAGACCUCCGCUUGCUGCGGGCGCUGCACAUGGAUGGAAACCGCCUGAGCGCCAUCAGGAGCGACCAUUUCAAAGGCCUGCACAACCUGCGACACCUCAUCCUCGGAAACAACCAGAUCCACCAGGUAGCCGCUACGUCUUUUGACGAGUUUGUCUCCACCAUCGAGGACCUUGAUCUGUCCAACAACAACCUGCGGACCCUGCCUUGGGAAGCCAUAGCCCGGAUGACUAACAUCAACACGCUCACCCUGGACCAUAACCUGAUCGACCACAUCGGAGAAGGUACCUUUACCCUGCUCACCAAGCUGGUCCGCCUGGAUAUGACGUCCAACCGGCUGCAGAAGCUGCCGCCCGAUAGCCUGUUCCAGCACGCUCAGGUGCUGUCCGACGCCAAGGGCUCCAGCUCGUCCACUCUGGCCGUCAGCUUCGGGGGCAACCCGCUUCACUGCAACUGCGAGCUGCUGUGGCUCCGUCGGCUGACCCGCGAAGACGACUUGGAAACUUGCGCCUCGCCGGACCACCUCAUGGACAAGUACUUCUGGUCCAUACAAGAAGAGGAGUUCAUCUGCGAACCACCGCUGAUUACCAAACACCUUACCACCAAGCCUCACGUGAUGGAAGGGCAAGGGGUCACCCUCAAGUGCAAGGCGGUCGGCGAUCCCGAGCCAAAGAUCCACUGGCGUUCGCCCGAUGGCAAGCUGGUCCACAACAACUCCCGCACCAUCCUGUAUGAAAACGGCACCCUUGAUAUUCUCAUCACCACCCUGAAGGACAGUGGGGCGUUCAACUGCGUGGCCUCCAACGCGGCGGGCAUCGCCACGGCUGCCGUGGAGAUCAACAUGAUACCGCUGCCGCUGUUCGUCAACAACACGGGCCACAUGCGCGAAGACCCGGGCCUGUCCGACAUCACCACCUCAUCCAAGUCGGGCAACGACACCAAGCACAAGCAGGGCAGGAGAGUGGUGGUCACCGAGCUGACCUCGUCGUCGGCCGUCAUCCGAUGGCCGUCUGAGCGUCACAUCCCUGGAAUCAGAAUGUACCAAAUCCAAUACAACAGCACCGCUGACGACACGCUGGUGUACAGGAUGAUCCCGCCUACCAACAAGGAUUUCCUGAUCAACGACCUGGCGGCCGGACGCGAGUACGACCUGUGCGUGCUAGCCGUGUACGACGACGGCGUCACGUCGCUGACGGCCACGCGCGCGGUGGGCUGCAUCCAGUUCCACACUAACAACGAGGUCAGCCCGUGUCGAUUCAUGCACAGCCAGUUCCUGGGGGGCACCAUGAUCAUCAUUAUCGGCGGCAUCAUCGUGGCGUCCGUCCUGGUCUUCAUCGUCAUCCUCAUGAUCCGCUACAAGGCCUACGUCGGGCCAGAGGACACCAAGGCCAAGGCGGGCCCCGGCGUCCGAUCGCAGUCCAACGGCAGCCACCAACGACUGCAGCGCUCGGCAUCCGGUCAGGCUUCGGACGAGGGCCAGCGCGAGGGAUCCAAGGAAUGCAUGGCGCUGGUUCUGAAGGUGGACCAUGACAAGAAAGAGGACACCAGAGCCUUAGUGGCCGUAGGGGCGCCCUCCGCCGUCCCGGACGUGGAACUGCCUCCGUCGAGGAAGCGAAGGAGCAGCCUGCCGCCGGAGGACACGCAGACGGACAGCAGCCUGACGGGCUCCACCAUGUCGCUGUGCCUCAUCGGCCCGAGUGCCGGCUCGGCCGAGGCGCCGCGCUUCGUGGACAAAAAGGGACUCCUGGCCAAUGCGGGGCUGCUGAUGCCCGGCGAACUGGCGCGAACUCGGCACAGGUUCUCCUUCGACGGAGGGGACUACUCCAUAUUUCAGAGCCACAGUUACCCGCGGCGGGCCAGGACGAGGUGGCACCGCUCCACCAACCAGCUGGACGCCGAGUCGUCGCCCCUGGCCAACCGCCGGGUGACGUUCAGCAGCACCGAGUGGAUGCUGGAAAGCACCGUGUGAGCGGACAUGCCGCCAAACAGACAAAAAGUACAUCGGCCAUUCAUCCCGCCUUGCCAUCACACACGCCAGAGAGGUUUGUUAGCAAUCUGCGCCUCAUUUUUUCUUUCCCCAUUUCAGUUGGCAAUUGAAAAUCCAAACAAAGAGAAUAGGAC